CAGAAUAAUUCUAUAACAGAAUUAGUUGGGAAGAUUUCAAGGUUUACUUGAGAAACGUUUUGGAAGCAUGCCGAAAGAGUGGGAACCAAACCUGCAAAGAUCUGAUUUGGAAGCACUUCUUGGCGAAGAAGUCAUUGAGUAUAAAUCAUCAAACCUUACUUCGUUGGGAGACAACUAUGGGAGUACAAUGCUCGCAGUCAGCGUGACCACGCAGUCAGGGAAAGAGUUGAGUCUGGUGGCCAAGAUGUUCCCUAGGUCAAAAAUGGCCCAGGAGCACUUUCAAUGUCCUCUGUCCAUGAGGAAAGAGAUAGAUAUGUACAUGCUCGUGAGCCCAGUGUUAGACAAGAUUCAAGAAGAGCACUCUGUGCCACUAUCUGAGAGGCUGCAGAUAUUGUGCAGCUGUCCAGGUGCGCGGUUAACGCUUAAAGGGUACAACAAUGAACCACUUGCUGAUUAUAAUUCUGUCCUGCUUCUGGAGAACUUGAAAUCGCAGGGAUACCGCACAGGAGACCGAGUCGCUGGCCUCGAUCUGAAACACACGGAGAUGGUGAUUAAGUACCUGGCCCGAUUCCAUGCCACUACGUUAGCUGUUAAGUUGCAAAAACCAGAUGUGUUUAGCAGAACAGUGCUGAAGGCGUGUGAAGCAUUUAAAAUAAGGUGGUUGACAAAAGAAAAAGAUGAGGUUCGUGUACUGACGUUUGUUGAAUCGUUGCGAAUAAUUCCUAUUUGCCAACAGAAUAUUGACAUUCUCAAAGAACAUGCAAGAAAAUAUGUAGAAUAUUCACAUAAUGACACGAUUGAAACACCUAAACAACCUUUCGCGACAAUAGUGCACAAUGAUUUGUGGACAAAUAACAUUAUGUUUAAAUAUAGUUCUGAAGAAGAGAGUGAGCCAUUAGAUGUUAAAAUGCUAGAUUUCCAAGUGGUUCGUUACGGAUCACCAAUAUCGGAUGUAAUAUUUUUCUUGUCUACAAGUACCGAAAAAGGUAUUGUCUCUCAGUAUUUGGACAAUAUUUUGAAACUUUACCACGACAGUUUUACUCACUGGUUAACAAAGUUGGGCUGUGACCCAAAUAUAUUAACUUUAACUGAGUUUCAGGAAGAAGUGAAUACUGUUGCCCCUUCUGAAGUAAUGCACAUACUUCUUUGGUUGUUUCCAAUUACUCUCCACAAAGACCAAGAAUAUAGUAUGUAUUCGCCUCCUAACCAAAAACGUCAGCUUAACAAAGACUUUUUUGAAAAAGUUAGUGAAUUAGUAACAGAAUUUUCAAAGAGAAACUGGCUUUUGAAUUUAUAGAAAAAUAUAAUUUAAA